AUGGAGCGUACAGAUACUGCGAUAGCUGGCCCCCCACUCGUUGGCUCUCAGACCAAAAGGAGAUUCUCCUCUGCCGGAGCGGCCAUCAUAUUUUCGCCUCCUGAAUACGCGCACGACCAGAAACUUUCUCAAUCUCCUCUAAAUUAUACUGGUCGCCGUGCCUUGGUACCCACUCGGAUCGGUUCCCCCAUCAAAAACUCAAUGUUUCACGGUGCACUUCCACCCCCGCGCCCAACACAAAGACCUUCCAACGCCCUACGUGCAUUCGGAGCUAUAUUACCAGGAUCGACUCCUCAGUCUUAUAGAUUGUCUACACCUUUGCGACGAGAUUCCCGGGGUCGUGCCAUUCUUGAAGAACCAGAACCACCGAACCCCAAGACCAUGUUGCCUGUACCUCCACCAGGAAUAGCCGCAAAGAAAGGCUUAGGGCCUCGUUCUGGUCACAUUCGUGUAAUGGUUCAUAGAAUGAACCUUUCGAGGAACGGAUUGAAUACUUCAAGUGCUCGCGUACAGAAUUUUUCUGGAUACAUGCAAAUAGCUUCGCAGUCCAGGACACCGACCAUUGAAAACCUUACUGGGCCCGUUCGACGGCCACCGGGGCAUAUUGUCGAGACAAUUGACGGGAUCCGUGUGCAUACAAAGAGGAUGGCAGCUAUAGAAGAUUCUGAAAAACGUCGUGAAGAGGCUAGAGUAGUCGCCUACAUUUGCGCUUCCAUUCGCGAUUUGGCCCAGAGGAUGCCUGAUGUUGGACCAAGCAAUUAUUGCCCUUGGAAUCUAAUCAUGCCCCCGAAGACACGGCUUCCGCUACUGUAG